ACGAACCGACUCUUUGAACCUUCGAAAGUGAAGCGGUCAGAGCAAUCUAUCAACCAUCRCGAGCUACAGCCCAUUGUAUACAAAAUACGAUCAAGAGGACUAUUCCAAUUCCAAAAGAGAUCCUUUUCCAACCGCCCAACCAUUCGAUAAACCACCUUUUCCGUCAUGCAACGGCGAGGAGCACAAAGGUCAUCCGGCACGAGAAAUGCGUCGUACUCGUCAUCAUCCGUCGAUGCCAACGACAAGAAGAAGCGCAGGAAAAUUUCUUCCUCUGUUUUUUACGCUGUGGGACUCUUCGUGAUUUUGGUUGUCUGUUUACCUCUUGUUCUCACCCCGUCUCAAAAGAAAGAAUUGUCAGAAGUGGAACAAGCUAUUUGGCGGCAAUAUCAGCAGCAAACGACUGGAAGUCAAGUAGAACAGCAAUCAAUAAGCAACAACAAGGAAGACGACGACGAUGAUGWUGAAGAAGGAGACAACAAAGCGGUAGACGGUGAGGGAAAACCAUUGGAGGAGCAACACGACGACAAAGAAGAUACCUCCGCGAACAAUGCCGAUGCCAAUGGUGCCCCCCCGAACGCGGCUACCGCUCGCAUGGAAGCCCAGUCGAGCCGGUGGGUAGACGGAGAAAAGGCAUUAAAAAAGAAACUGAUGGUCUUGUACGAACAGCAGAUGAAGGGGAAAUAUCUCGGGGUGCCGGUCGUAACGCGGUAUUUGGGCGAGGACAUUCCUGCUUAUAUUGGGACACCCGACAGCCCCAUGGCAGAGGACGAAUGGAAGAAAUUGGUGGAAGCCAAGUACGAAGAAAUGAGACUAGAAGAAGAAGAAUGGAGGAAGAAAAUGGAAGCGCUAAUCGCAACUCGAGAACGAGAUAUGGGUAUAACUACUGCCUGAGCAUUGCGAAUAUAAGAUAAUUGUACCGUAUUUUUAGGCUUUCCUUUUUCCUACYAGGAUUUUGAAUCGACAAACAACCACUCGAUAGAAGAAAUUUUUUCAUACAUUUCGGAAUGACGAAACAACUUUUCGCCCACGAGUAUAGUCAGAGAACAUGUGGACCACMACGAAUCUGCCAGUUUAGAAAAAUAGAUAUUAUUGGUUUGUGUCGUAUAAUUUUGCGACUUUCUCUGCUACAUGAGAUGGAACUAAUUCGGACAGCAUUGCCUCUUUGUUCUUCUUCUGCUCUGCAGUAGUUUGUUGCUGCUGUUCCUUACCACCUGUGCUGCAAAUCGUUCGAACAAGCGUCGAAGACACGUGGUUGUAUGUUGGGUCGCCUUCGAUAUACACGGUUGGAAUGGGAAUGAAGAGCGGCCCAUAGAGCACCGGACCCCAGGUAUUCAGAAUUUGCAGC